AUGGAUUACCACCUGCUUGGAUUAAUUUUAGCUUUUCUCAUCAGUGACGUAAAGGUCUUAGCUGGUUACCCCAUUUGGUGGUCCCUUGCAUUAGGCCAACAGUAUACUUCACUGGGCUCCCAGCCAAUCUUGUGUGGGUCCAUUCCUGGCUUAGUACCCAAGCAACUUCGGUUCUGCCGCAACUACAUCGAGAUCAUGCCCAGUGUAGCUGAGGGCGUGAAGCUGGGAAUCCAGGAGUGCCAACAUCAGUUCCGGGGGCGGCGCUGGAAUUGCACCACAAUUGAUGACAGCUUGGCCAUUUUUGGGCCUGUUCUAGAUAAAGCUACACGGGAAUCUGCCUUUGUGCACGCCAUUGCCUCAGCAGGGGUGGCCUUUGCUGUCACACGUUCCUGUGCAGAAGGCACUUCCACCAUCUGUGGCUGCGACUCACACCACAAGGGCCCACCUGGUGAAGGAUGGAAGUGGGGAGGCUGCAGUGAGGAUGCUGACUUUGGCGUGCUUGUUUCACGGGAGUUUGCGGAUGCCCGAGAAAACCGCCCAGAUGCCCGCUCAGCCAUGAACAGGCACAAUAACGAAGCUGGAAGAACAACUAUCUUGGACCACAUGCACUUGAAAUGCAAGUGCCAUGGCCUUUCAGGCAGCUGUGAGGUUAAAACAUGUUGGUGGGCCCAGCCAGACUUCCGGGCCAUUGGUGACUACUUGAAGGACAAGUAUGACAGUGCUUCAGAGAUGGUGGUGGAAAAACACCGGGAAUCCCGUGGGUGGGUGGAGACGUUGCGCGCCAAGUAUGCUCUCUUCAAGCCGCCAACAGAACGUGAUUUGGUCUAUUAUGAGAACUCGCCCAACUUCUGUGAACCCAACCCUGAGACUGGCUCAUUUGGCACCAGGGACAGAAUGUGCAACGUGACUUCUCAUGGCAUUGAUGGAUGUGAUUUGCUUUGCUGUGGCCGUGGCCACAACACCAGAACUGAGAAGAGAAAGGAGAAGUGCCACUGCAUCUUCCACUGGUGCUGCUACGUCAGCUGCCAGGAGUGCGUCCGGGUUUAUGAUGUGCACACCUGCAAAUAAAGAAAAAGGUAUGUAGGAGGUGAAGGAUCUGCCUGUAACAAAACUAAAUUGAAAAACAGCUGAUGCAACAUAGCAUUUAAACUGCUUAAGAUGGGAAGUCCUUGGUUCCAAUGUUAUCUCCAUCACAAACCUCCUAGGCCAGAGCUGGGCUAACCUAGGGGAAGUUGUGACACCUUUUAACUAGAACUCCCUGAACAGAGCAAGUGCAUUAUAAGGGCUGGGGAGUGCUGAGGAGUCAAUUGUUGCACCCAUGGUCCAUAUGCUGUACAUGAAAAUACAGAGCUACUAAAGAUCAGGGAUUUGAAUGCAAAGAACUGAAGUGGCCACAGAGCUGCAGGGAGACCUUGUCAAUGGCAAGCCAUUCACUCCUAUUUUGCACUAAGCCCACUAGCAGAAAGCCAGCCACAGCAAGGGUUUGUUUUUGGCUGUUUUUAAAACUCUUUCAGUUUGGGUUGGUAUUAUU